UAUCUUCCGGAAAAAGUAGACACGAACGUAGUUCUCGUGUGCAGUAAACGUGGGCACUGUGUCUAGUAAAUUAUUUUUUAUCAAGUAAUAAGCCUUUGCAAUGACUGAAGGUAAAGGACCGGCGACUUCUAAGCCGGCAAAACAAUUACUCGCUUUGGACCCGAGUGAAGAGGCUGAAUUCAAGAAAAAAGUACAAGCCGUAAAGAAAAGACCCAGAAAGGGUCACCGUCUGAAUCCAGGCGUAAUCUAUGUUGGACACAUUCCCGUUGGUCUAUUCGAGACUCAACUGAAAUCAUACUUUCAACAGUUUGGAACAGUUGUAAGGUUACGGCUUGCGAGGAGUAAAAAGACAGGUGGGAGCAAAGGCUAUGCAUUUGUUGAGUUUGAAUGUGAUGAAGUGGCCAAGAUUGUUGCAGAGACCAUGAACAACUACCUUAUGGGAGAAAGACUGAUCAAAGCUCACGUGGUCCCCCCUGAGAAGGUGCAUGAGAAGCUGUUUGUGGGCUCCCAGAGAGAGUUUAAGAAGCCAAAGCAGCCGUCUGUGGCUCGCUAUAACCAGAAGCACACUCCAGAGAGAGUGACCAAGAUGGCAGAGACGCUCCUGAAGAAGGAGACCCAGCUUCGCAAGAGACUGGCAGAGAAGGGCAUAGAGUACGACUUCCCUGGAUUCGCUGCCCAAGUGCCACCAAAGAAAAAGUCCACAGAAAUGAAUGCAUCCACAUGUAGUGAGGACAUCACCCCAGUCUGCACCCCGUCUUUCAUGGAAAGGAGGAAGUCCACAAGGGUUACAGAUGACGAUGUCGAUGACGAAAUCGUCAUCAACGCCACACCUGCUCCCAAGUCUAGAGUCAGGGGCGAAGGCGAGGAGGACCAGGAGGAGGACGACUCCUCAGAGGAGGGAGAUUACGAGCACGCAGAUGACGUGGAGCCCUUACAAGGAAACGAGGCACCCACAGAGGAGGAAGGAGCACAGUAGUGGGACACGCAACAUUGAUGGACAGUUUCCUUCUCGCAUUGCUUUGCAUUUAAAAGCAGUCUUUUGUACAUAAUAAUCAGAACUCUUGUGUAUGAUACACAGCGGGUGUCUGGUCAGAUUAAAUUGAUGUUGGUGGACAGUGGAACACGAGUGUCUUUGUUGUCAUCUCAAAGGCUGCAUUGUUUCAAUAUGUGAAGAGGAAAUAGGUUUGCAACUGCAAAGGUUUUUUCUAUCAGGUGACCCUGAAAUGGGCCACACCCUGAUGGUAGAAUAGUCAAGCUUGACUGCCAUACAAGUGUCUGUUCUUGCGCUGAUUGAUGGUUUUAUCUGAGGGUCCUUUAUCAUUAUGAGUUCUCAAAAAUAUACGCUGAAUCUGUAAUUAAAGUAAAUGGCCUUAGUAGAAUUUGUCAAUUCUGUCAUGUUAUGAGCCAUAAAUGGGGAUGUUUAUUUCUGUCAUUCUCCACUAGAUGUCACUGUUCACAAAGCGUUUGGAGAAUGGUCUGAAUCCUAGGUAGGGCUGUGCCCCUGUUCUUUGGUAUCAGUGGUUAUUGUAGGGGCAUUUACAAAAGUGCAUUUCAAAGGGGGGUAAUAUAGGCAUAUGUAAUUUAUAUGGUGUCACUUCUUGGUUUUAAUCAUAAAUUAACAUCACUGACAGGUGCUUCAAGUCCUUUGUAGUGUAUAGUGAUGAUUAAAGAUGUUGUACAUUAAAUUCAGAAAUUCAGCGUUUGUUACAUA